GCUUCAGCCAGGAGAGAAAGAAGCGCUGAAUCUGCCGUGCUUCCACGGGAAAUUCGGCCCUCUGCUUCUGCGCUGGCUUCCAGAAUUUGGCAAAGUACUUUCGACCCAGCACAUGCGCCUGCCAAAGUCGCAGCUCACUGCCCUCGGCACGGCUGAAGUCGGAGAAUGCGACCGUCUCCGUGAGUUGGCGGUAUGAUUUGAAGGCGUCGAGGACAGCCUGCAUCGGCGCAUCCUGCUCUUUCAACAUUUUGAGAACAUCAUGUUCCGCAGCUCGCUCGCGCGCGAGCAAGUCUUCCAUAUUCCCGACCCUCGUGUGAUUCUCAUAGGCGCUGCGAUUCCGUAUGACCGCUGCUCGGUCAACGGUGCUGGUCAGGUGAAGAGUGUGGUAGUAGGUUGUUCGGCGUGGGCGCAGCAGUCGAUAUGCGCCAUCGAGCGAGGGUGUGUGGCGGCGGAAGGUGUUCCUAGCACGGUCGCGUGAUGUUCUGUUCGAGUCACCGAGGAUGCGCCCGUGAAUGCGAGUUCUUCAAGUGCUCAACCAGCAGAACGUCCUCGGAUUAUGGCAGU